AUGCCUCACUUCUUUCAGUCUGCUUUGAUCAAACCGGGGUAUGAGCACACGCUUUUGCAAGAAAUUGUCCAAAAAACCUACUCAAUGAAUAAGGCCAAAGGUGAUCAGGAAACCGGUGCUCUAUACACGUUUUUUGCUGUUGUUUCGGAAGUCAGUCCUCCAAAGUCGCUACAGGUUAACCGGAAAGCUAAACUUGUUAAUAAUUUCGCGAAUCUCGAUAACGCUCAGACAGAAGCCAGCAAUGUGCAUCAGCAAGCUGAUGAUAUGGAAACAUUGAAGAAGUGUGAACUGUUCGUGUAUGAUGAGACCUGUAGCAGAUUUCCUGUCACAUUGUGGAAUGAGGACUGGAUUCAUUUGGCCGUGACCACAUUCAUUCCAAACGUUACGAUUUUAUCAUUUGUGGACUGUCCAGUGAAGUACGACAAAUAUCGUCGUGGUGUGGCUGCCACACCAAAUGCACGGACAGUGAUCAUCGUUGCACCGGAAUGCGAGGAAGCCAAUCAAUUAAGUCACUAUAUUAAACAAACUGGUAACCGUGCCCCGGGAAGCAUACAAUUUAUUAACAACACACAGAGUAACGAAGAAAACCCGUUCACUCAACCAAUGCCAACAUUCAGUAGAAGACUACCUGCUGAGAUUAAAACUGUUCCACUAAACAGUAUACAUCACAUUGUGACAGUUAAUGAGUUAAAGACUGGCAAAGGGGACUUCAUUAUACCAUCUACGAAAGAGGCCUACAUGAUUCUGCAUGCCUCUUCCUGUAGUGCCGCUGUUCCUUUCAUCACUUUUGAGUUAAGUGGUGGCUCGACACAGUCAUAG